AUAGCCUUUAGUAUCUUCAGUAACUUAGUCCUGUUACAUCUAGCAUUUUUCAAGUGUGAUUCUAGCUGACAGUUUCUAUACUAUAUUCAAAUUUAUAUUUUUAUGUUUAAAAAUAUAAUGUAGUUUAAAGUGUUAAAGACAAAAGGUCUGACAGGAAAAUUUGUUUCUGUUAUUAUCAGUGACGCAACUACUUUUGCAUUCAGGGAUGUGUUAGGAAUAGAUUCAUGCUUAAGCUUCCUUUUUCGCUUCAUUCUGAGGUCAAAAAAGGAAUACUGUCAGCUUAGUUGAACACUUUGGUUUGAAAAUUUUAUAACAUAGACUCACAAGCAAUUGCAAUCACUGGAUCUUGAGAGAGCCGUCUGGUGUAAAGGUAUACUUUAGCUAUCUUGAAAUUAUACAGUAUGGACUAUGUGGUAAUCCUAUAUGUAAACACUGAACUCCUGGAUAGUCAAAGAUCUCAUUUCCUGUUCUUCAACUACUUUGGAAACAGUUUUCUCCUUUAUGUAAUUUUGCAGUUAGUAAAGAUGCCCCUACUUUAUCUUGAGCAGAGGUCGCCAGAUUUCUGGUGUUUUUCCACACCUGAUGCCAUAUCUACUUUGUUGUUUUAUAUAAUUCUGUUUAAUUUCAUCUAUGAAAUGCAUUCAGUACGUUUUUCAGAUUGUAAGGUUUUAUUGGAAUGGUUCAAUAUGCCUCAAUUAUGUAACUCUGCACUUUGAUUUGUUUCAUUAUAGAAUGUCCAAUGCCAUCUGCUCACUUAAAAUGAAUCCAGACUUGCAGGAGGCUUUCAAUGACAUUCAGAGCUCUGUCUACAGAACAGCCCUAAAACUACGCUCACUACAAAGUCUGUGCCAGUUGGAUUUGAUUGACGUUUCUCUGAUUCAGCACAUCUUAUCAAGUGAACAGAGGAAGAGGGAAAAGCAUAUUUCUCUGAAAGUGCAGCAGCUCUCUGGAAUCCUGAAGGAGCUGUUUGAAAGAGCGAGGCUGGAAAAACCAGGCCAGGUAGAUCCAAGAGCCGCCGAAUUUACACUGAGCCUGCUAGAAGCCAUGUAUGACAGGUCUGGAACAGGUUAUAUCAGAACUAGAUCUGCUGCAGCUUCCCUAAUUGCCCUUUCAAGGGACACUCUGCUUGCUAAAUACAGAGCUUUUUUUCAGUUUUAUGCUGUUCCUGAUGGGAAGAAGGCCUUGAUUACCCGCAGUGCUCUGAGAGGCCUGCUAACAGACUUGAAUCAGAUCCCAGCCAUUGUAGGAGAAGGCUGCACUUUGUCUUGUGUGGAAAUUGCUACUCAGAGCUGUUUCCAUGGGGUUCUGAAUUCAGGAAUUGUUGAAGAAAAAUUCCUGUCUUGGCUGAAAUCGUGUCCUGCUCUUCUGCAAUGGCUCCCUACGUGUUACAGAUUAUCAGCCACAGAAAUGGUUUCUCACCACAUUAGAUGUAGAGUCUGCAAGACUUUCCCCAUUACAGGCCACAGGUAUCGCUGUCUGAAGUGCCUGAAUUUUGACCUUUGCCAGGACUGCUUUUUCACCGGCCGUCUCAGCAAACCACAUAAGAGUUCACAUCCUGUUGUGGAACACUGUGUGCAGAUGUCAGCAAAGGCAAAUGCAAAGCACUUUCUUUACACUGUCAGAAACAACCUGUUUCAAGUCUGCUGCAGAAGAAAGGAGGCUCAGGGAAGGAAAGUUUUGGAGAUAACAGAGGAGAAGCAUUUCUCUACUCACAAAAAGAUUCAUCCCCCAGCAGAACUCAGUGCUUCACCGUUCUCUAGAUGUGAAAACCUAUCUCUCCCAGUGAACAACCCUAUUCUGGAAUCACCCAAGUUUAUAUCAAAAAACAGAACUGUACUGCACAAGAAUGACAAUAACAGCAAGAUACUGGAGCAAGGCAAGACAAAAAUUGAGGCAAUUUCAUCUUUUGAAGCAGAUGUGUUAAAAAUGCAUGAUUCCAUCAAAAGUAUUCACAAAAAGAACAGGUACAUGAAGAAGCAGCUGAAUAAAUGGAAGCACAACAUACAAUUUCUUCAUAACUACCAGGAGAACAAAAGCUUCAAAAUAGAGGCAAAACUCCAAAACCUGAGAGUAUGUCAUGAAAACCUGCAAAUGGAGCUGCAUAAAAUGAGACAAGAACUAAAGACAGUGUUACAGUCAACAGCACAUCCUUCAUUUUCACUCUGCCAGAAUGUGAUGCCAAGAGAUCAGCAUGUUCUUCAGGAAAGCAAAAUGCAGGGUGGAUUAAAUCCUGUUCAAAUAAAGUCCAUUUCCAGAACAAGUUCAGAUCGGAAAGCUUUGAAUCACCUCAACUCUGCAAAUAGAAUACAGGUUUUAGAGUCAUCUGAGGCUCCUGCUGCAGUGGACUUCAUGUUCUCAGAAGACCUGGUGAAGUCAGUGACCUCACAGAGUGACAUAGUUUGUAUGGGACAGUUUAAAAAAAUAGAUGAUAAUCCAACACAUCUACCUGAAUUGAUAGAAAAUGAUGACAGCGGCGUCAUAAGGAAUACAGCUCUUGCUUCUGCUGCAAUACAGAUAGCAUCUGAUAAGAAAGAAUUCUGUGAUGAAGUGGAACUGCAGCGGCUAGUGAUAAAAUUGAUGAAUGCAUUAUCUCUUCAAGCCCAACCAGAUCAACAGUCAGCUUUGAAGCAGCAUUUCUUCUCUACAGCUGAACACGUUUGCAGAUCCUUCUCUGAUCUCAUCAGCCAGAUAACUACCAGCUCGGAAGUGAUAGAAAAUGAUGUUCACCUCGCAGCUCCACUGAACUAUUGAAGAUAAUUAAAGUCAUGUCACACUCUUCAAAGUAUCUCAGAUGUUGCACUGUAGUAACUGAGCCUAACAGAUUUCUGCAUUUAACAACUUUACCAGGAAUCAUAAAUAAUAUUAGAGAAUAAUAUUCCUUUUCCAUUAGUAGUUUCUAACUCCUGUGCAGUAGAUACAGGGGCAAUUGAUUAAAAUGAGUAUAACAUCACUAAUGCUGCUCUGGCUUUCACAACUGUCCUGUUCUGUACACUCUUUUCAUUGCUAUAUAACUGAUAACAAAUUAUGUUUCAGAAAAAUUUUUUUUUCUCCCAAUAAAAAUGGCUUGAGGCAGGUGGUUUCAGUGAUAUGUUGUCUAUCGAGUCUUUUUAUCUUAGUUAAACUGGAAGGAAUGAAUUCUUAACUGUCAGACAUCUCAGGACUCAAUAGUCACAUCAUUCCAAUCUGAGAAAUACUGAAAUACAUAAAAUACUUAAAUACUUAAAAUACUGAGAAAUAUUUAAAGGAAAAAACAGUUUUGAACAUUUAAAGGAAUUUGGUUGCUCUAGAUGAGCUGUUGCAUUAUGGAUUGAUAUAUAUGUAUUUAUGUUGGUAUAGAACAGUUAAUAAGAAUGUGAUGUCUAAUACAGAAUGGUUAAUAAGAAUUUAAUGUUACAUACAGCAUCUAAAAUGUGCAAGAAGUCAUUUUUAAUUGGUUGCCAGCACUGUACAAAUCUAAACCUUCCAGAGUGUUAAAAAUAUUUAUAAAGCCUGUACAUACACAUAUAGGAGUGCAGCUGCCUACGUAAGUAAGCACGCAGGCACUGCAUGGGAGUUUGGAAGCAGAUGAUUAGCUAAUGGUAGUAGAUUGAACUUGUAGACAAACUACAAAGGAUUUAUUAAACCUAAGCAACAAGUAGGCUGGGAUUUGAAUAAGGAAUAUGCUAGACAAAAGAAAUAGUGCUUUGGCCCAUUCAUACUUUAGUCUAGGUUAAUUUCUUAUAGCAAUGAGUAAAUGAAAGCCUUGGAAAGAACUUAGUUCAUUCUUAGGAGGAAAAAUAAUAGGAAUUCAUUGUUUUUCUUUCAUCAUUCCUCUUUAGAAGGAAUGUGUAAAAUUUAGAUGUGCUAGCCUCUUCCCUGAGGGUGCAGUGGAACAGAGUCUUUCACAUUCUUUAGUUUAACUUAAAGCAUUUAUCUAAUCUCACUGAAUUUGGGAGGCUUCUUGAGGUUUGCUGUCUGCUUUUGUAAAUCAGGAUCCCAUCCAAUGGGACAAUGAAUAACGUUCGUUUUCUUCAGGUUUAGUAGCCAUUUCAAGAUUUCAUUUACACAUUUUUUCUACUUGAACUUACUCCUAUAAAUUGCUAAACACCCAAAAUGCUUCUGCAAAUGAGUUUUGAUUUGGAUAUUUUGUGAAGAAAAGAACAAAUAUUGCCAUAUGCUUAAGGAAAGAAGCUUUGAGCAACUAAAUGGACCUGCCUUAGAAAGCUGAAUUUUGUGUUUGCAUACAUCCAGUAUAUCAAUGAUAUAAAAAUCAAUAAUAUAAUAGAUAAUAAUAAUAUCAAAUUGCCUGUGAGAGUAAUAACAGUCAGAGGAAACUGACUUGGUUACAAACAGCUUGCAAAUUAAAAGAAAGAAGCAGUUUUAAGUCAUGCAUGAGAAAUCCUUUGUUGAAAUACUUUGUAAGAAUUUGUUACGUUUUAGGAAGCACUUGUAUAACUAGAAAUCUAAGGAAAUACCAUGAAUAUGUCCUAUGAAAGCAAACAGAGGAGCUGGUGAGACCUGCCAACGUCUUUCAUUAAACAUCAAGGUCUUGGGAAAAUAUUUGUAAUAUAUAAAAUAUUUGUAAUAUAUAAAAUAUUUGUAAUAUGUCUUUCAGCAGUGGUUGCUUUGUAUGUGUGUGUAGCUACGUGUACAGUAGCAGCAAUGGUGGAUGUUUUGGGCAACUUCCUGUUUUGUUUGUCUAUGCUUCGUUAGAGGAUUAGUGUUUUCCUGCUUUAGCACUCAAAAGAAAAUAGUUUGAGUAAGUCACAUGC